UCAGUUGCCCUCAGUAGCCCAAAGAUCCUAAACGAGACAAAACGUGCACUCACAAUCAUUCGUAAACCAUAUUCUCUCCCGCUCUUCAACACACGAUUGGUCUACCGAUGUGACUUCGGUACUUCGGUUUUUGCACAACAUCGAAUCAUCGCGUGUGUAGCUUCGUAGUUCGGUGCUCUCUCGCAUGAGAGUCAUAAGAGAAAAAGUGAGAGAGAGAAUAUAGAAAUUUUUACAGUGUACGACGCUGUAGACUCAAUACAGAUACCAAGACUCGUCAGUAUUGCAGGAGAAUCCUAGGCGUGAGCACGUUUAAAAGGGGUGUUGCUCCGUAGGAAAAGCACCAAACAAACAUAAUAAAGUUACAUUCUUGUGCUUGUUUCAACUUUUUCCUCGCCAUAUCAACUAUCCCUAUAUACGGAUGAUGUGCUUAAGCGAAAAUUAAAGAAAAAUCAAUGGUGAAGAGUUUCGAGAAGAAUACCAUGCAAGAUUUCACAGCAGGUAAUUGAAAGCAUCACUACAGAGAAUAGCAUCCUAAUUUCGAAAGCUCGUUUUCAUAUACAUCGUGAAAAAGCUCUUAACAGUUGCAGUUGUACUCAAUGAUUGAGUCAGAGGAACUGGAAGUUUUGUGUGAUUUACAAAUUGAUGAUAUUUUCCGGGAUGAGGAUGUGCCGCCCAUAGAAGGUGACAAUCCAGAAGUUACUCAAGUUGAAGUCCAAGUAGAUCCCAUCCCAGUUUCUGUUGAAAUUCCAACUGUUGACCCAGAAGAAGAACCCGAGACAAUUCUUGGAUUGUCUCCAGCUGAAUCUGCGUCAUCUGCAUCGUCAGAUAGCUGGUCGAGUACCAGUACAACUGAUCACUUUUCCUCAAAGAGAGCCAAACGGCGAUGCAUCCCAUGCAAUUUGACAUUUAAGCAUCACAAUGACUUCUUUGAGCACCACCGGAAGCAUGUGUCUAUGCCCAUCCUGAAGCUGAAACAGCUGACACAGCGAGAAAUUGAGUUUCAGGAGUUUAUGAAAAAGGGCCGACAGCAAUUUCUCUGUGCUCGCAAGAAGACUUUUCCCAAUCUUGUACUGAAAAAGCCAACAGUUUCGGCCACAGAUGGUGAUGGAUUGAAAUUGAAGUUUAAAUUUCACAAUAUUCAGAUGAACAAUGUCGAUCAGGAAAAUGCCAGUAUCAAUGGAAUGCGCCAUGACUUCAGGAAGGGCGAGAAGAUACUCAAAGCCUGUGAGAUCAAGCAAAGUCCACCGGGUUCACCGAGUUUGCAGGCACGAGCUAUUCGGGAUUUGAUACCUAUUCCUGAGCUACCGACUGAUAUGAUGGGUGGUCCACCCGAGAGGAUACACUUUGAGUGUCCGACACUCGAUGGUUUGGAUCAGUUUAACAAUGAGGGCAGAGAGGAUGCAUCGGAUAUCCUGAAGAAUUUGCUGGAAUUGAAUCAACAGCCACUGAUGGAACCUGAUUGGAAUGGCCAGGUGCCAAAUGAAUUUAUCUCCAUUGAGAAGCUGGGGCAUGUUUGUCGGGUGUGUCAUAUGAAUUUCACAGAUCCCGUACUGCUAUUCCAGCAUCAGAGGCAAACGGGACAUGAUUUGCCUCCACAGGGACCACCAAUGCCCCAGUAUCCAAUGUCUCAGCAUCCUCAGAUGCCUCGAAUGCCCGGAAAUCCCAUGCACUACCGUCCCCAUGAGCCAAUGGCCAACUUUCCGGGUCAGAGGAUCCGGGACAUUCAUCCGACUGCGUCACAUUUGAGAGAACAUCAGACUCCGGGUGGACAGAUGGCCAUGCGUCUGCAGCAGAUGCGCAAUGGGCAAUUCAGGCCUGUCAUGGCUGUCCAGUCGCCCUAUAUCCGAUCCCGCCAUCCACCGCCACUGUACCGAGUGUCCAGUCCGCAGGGUAUGCAAUCCAAUGUACCCCAGAUUAACACAAUGGCCAAUCGGCAGCAGCAGAUGCACAUGCCACAGCAGCAGCAUCCCAUGAUGAAUGGACCACAGGGACCAGGAUACAGGUUCGCAGUGUCCAAUGGCAUUAUGAUGAAUGGCGGAUCAAUUGUAAUGGAACAGAGUUAUCCUCAAGCUCAGCACGGAAUGAUGCAGGAACCUGGUCAGAUGCAGCAGCAGAUGCACAAUAUGUCGCCAAUGUUUCGAGGAACUCGACCCAGUAUGCCAAUUCGGCGUCAUUCUGUUGCUCCAAUUGGUAUGCGACCUACCCUUCCGCCCCAGUUUCAACCGCCGCCGGCUAAAAAGCCACGUCCGGAAGGACUGUUGGCGCUUGGGGAUGCUCCAAUGGUGACAAUGCCACCACGAGCUGAAGGUGUCCCGGUGAUUGAGAGUGUGCAGAGUGGUCCGGCUGUUGAGGAAUCCGAAGCCAACAAGAGUAGUCCUACGCCCUCGGGACAGAAGAGUCCCAAAGCUGUGGCUAGUAUUCUGGCCAAUAGAGGAAUUACCGUGACACAAGGGGACUUUGCCAAGACAAAAGACACAGUUCCGACUGAAAAAGUGGCAGAAAGUUCUGGUAAAGACAAGUUAUCAGAUGAAACGGAGAGUGUGGUGCAGAAACUGGCACUGAACAGUUCAGUUAGCAUCAUCUCGAAGAAGAAGACACCACUGUUGACGAUUGAUGUGACAGAGGAGGAACUGAGUGCUUCCAAAUUAGCAGCUUCCUCGCCCACAGCUGAAAAUCGUAUUGCCAAAGAUUCACAACCUGCCAAAAUUCCACCCCUCAAGCCCAGGCAUACGACCUUCCUGGCAUGCCCGGAAGUGCACUGCCAGAAGAAAUUCCUCACGGAAGAGGCACUGCAGAGGCAUACGCAGAAAGGUCAUCACAGUAACAUCCGUUUCAAGUGCACCAAGUGCUCUGUGAUGUUCUCAUCAUCCGAAAGUCUCAUCAUCCAUCAGAGGAGGGUGCACAGGACAGCUCGGAUGCCUGGAGAGGAACUGGGAAUUCCCAUUGUGGAUCUACACAAUUCACAGACUCGCAUGAAGCUCCUCAGCAUGGGCAUUAGGAAUUUCAUUCCCUUGGGGAAUAUCAACAAAGUAUCCAAUGGAUUCUUUGGUUUGCCCCUGGUUUGCCUCAAAGGUGCCCCCAAUGCGGCAAUUUCCAAUUUGCAAACCAUUGGAGCUGAUAGUGUCCUAUCCCUUGGACCGAUAAAGCCCAUUUUGCCCAAAUAGCCCGCGGCCAAUGGGCCCAAUGAUGAAGAAUCAAAGGAAAUGUGAUGAAUACCCUCGAAGUAUACUGAAUUCAAAAAUUAUCUCUAAAAAACAAUUAAAUAUUAAACUUCCUAAAUUAAAUGUCAAAAUUUUACGAUUAUAGUCUUCAAAGAACUUUAACUUAGAUUACAAUGUAACAAUGUAAAUAGAUUUCUUGCAAUAAUUUAAUGCAAAAUUUUGGACUUAAUGGACAAUGAAACCUAGAAAAAACAAACCUUUUAUCUUUUAUUGUCCCAUGCUAAAACAUGUUAUUUCUCUUGAGAUUAUUAGAUCUUUAUUUACUCUAUUUAUUUUUUGUUUAUACAUUAGAAACGCCAAGGAGUAUAUAAAAAAACGCCCCAUGUCAAUUUUCUAAUUUGAAACUCUUAUGUUUGUUUGAUUUUCAAUAGAAAUGAUUUCAGUGUAAGUUGUAAUUAGUUACAAUAGAAGAUAAAAAAAAACUAUUAUGAAAAUAAAUAUUUUCUACAUUUACAAAUCAUUA